GUGGGGUCCCAUCAGCAAUCGGACCCGCAGGCGGCACAGGUGAGCGAGGCUGGGGGUGGAGUCUGGAUGGAGUGGGGGGAGGAGGGGCUUAGGUAGAUAUAUAAAUAUUAUUUUGCUGAGAUAACGGAGUUUGUGGUACCAAAGAGCGGGUCGGGCCUCCACGUCUCCUCAGCCCGUCUCCCACACAGGAUGACCUUCAAGGAGGUCGACAAAGUGGACCAGUUGGCAAAGUGGAGGAGAUAAUUCACGACAUCACUGGCGGCGUUCUCCAGCCUACGGGGCAGAAAGAACGUGACAGAAGAAAAAAAAAGGAAGAGUGAAAAGGAGGAAGACGGACAUGCACGGCUGCAGCAGCGACGCAGGUUCAAGUCCCGCCUUCAGCAGACGGGGGAGCCAGUAGCGUGCAUCCUGGAUGUGACGCAGCGCCACCGCCAACAUGUCCCCCAGCUCCUGUCGUCUCAGUGCCAUGUGGCGCCGGUGCCGCGCCCCCGCCGAGUCGUCGCUUGGCUGCCACGGAGGCGGGAUGGGCCUGAGGAAGAGCACCGCCUCCAGGAGCGGCAUGUUGGACGGACGCAGGACGUGACCCCACUCGUCCUCACUCAGACGGGCGCCUGCCUCCAGUAGCACGGUGGUCACCUUCGUGGGAGGAACCCUAGACAGAGGGCGGCGUGUAGCGGGGAGCGGAAGCCCAGGAGGCGGGUGCAGUCUUGGCCGUCGGGGCUGAAGCCUUCGCUCAGAAGCAGCCUGGCGCUCUCCUCCUGAUCGGCUUCCGCCGCCAAGUAGAGCGGACUCACCAUGCCCUCGCCGCGGUCGCAGGCGCGCUCUGUGAGGGGUAUGAGUCUCCGAAGGAUCCUGAGGACAGGAAUGGCGGGUUACCAUGGCGAUAAGCCACACCUCCAGAAAGCACAAGCCAGGUGUGCGAUUACUCGCGAUGGCCGAACUGUGCGGCGGCGUGAAUGGGGAGUUGGGGCCACUCCUGACUGCAGGCGAUGUUCGGGUCGGCGCCAUGACCCAACAGGACAUCCACGCAGGCCGUAUGACCCUCCUGAGACGCCAGCAGCAGAGGCGUGGCCAGGUCGGCGGCCUGCGCGUUCACGUCUGCGCCUUCAAGGCACAAAAGAAGAGACGGGGUCAAGUACACGAGCGCCACGUAUACAGGACUGGCGGCACGCCGCCUUCCUACCGGCGUCCACGAGGACCUUCAGACAUUCUCGCCGUCCGUACUGCGCCGCCAGGAAGAGAGGCGUGACUCUGUUGUCGUCGCGUGCCUCCAGGUCGGCCACGCGUGCCAGGAUGCGCACCACUGCGGUGUGACCCUGCACACGACAAGGUCAAGGUCAUCCUACACACGGCGAUGAUGACUCAAAUUAAAAUACUCAUCCAUCAAUCAUCUAUGUCACUCAUUGUCAGGGUGGCGAGAAGCGGGGUACACCCUGGACUGGUGGCCAGCCAAUCACAGGGCACAUAUAGACAAACAACCAUUCACACUCACAUUCAUACCUAUGGACAAUUUGGAGUGGCCAAUGAAGCUAGCAUGUUUUUGGACGCACUCACAGGGAGAACAUAAGAUGCCCAAGCGGAGAAUCGAACCCAGGUCUUCCCACCAUGUAUUUAGAUAAUUCAAACAAUGACUAAAAGUAAUUAGAUAUAGAUAUACAAAAGUAUAACUACACUACGUUAGUCACCUGAUACACGGCCUGAUGAAGGCAGGUCCAACAGGAAGCCGUGUGCGUGCCGUUGACCUCGGCGCCUUUGGCCAGCAGCAGCUGCACCACAUCCUUGUGGUCGCCGCUGACCGCUGCGGGACGACAGCGGCGGUGAGCCCACGCUCCAAACACACAAUGUUGUGAAGGCGCACCUGCUGUUUUACCUGCGUAGAGGGGACAGGACAGGUCAUUGGUGCACUGGUUGACGUCGGCGCCGGCUCUCACGAGGAUGCGGACCGCCGGCAGGCAGCCGCACCGCGCCGCCAGGUGACACGCCGACUCUCCCUCGUGGGUGGCAGAGUUGACGAAGGACCGGAUGUCCCAGGAUGAGCCGCCUGAAGACAUGGAACUAAAACAUUUGCAUUGUGGUAUGUCAAGUAUCAAACAUCGUGGGACAGGACACGCCUUCCGGUACCAGUCACUGAGGCGGCAGACAGAAUUUCCUUCAGGCAGCCCACGCUGCCGGAUGCGGCCGCCUCAUGCAGCGCCGUCCAGCCUCGGUUAUCCGGACAGUCCACGCUGCGACCCUCACGGAUGAGCCUCCUCAGGCGCCUCCUGCAGCCCACACGAGCGGCGGCGGCCACGCUGGACACAGUGUCCACGUAGCACUCCGUGAAGUCCAUCGCGUCCUCCAGAAGAGAAGCCAAGCACACAACAUCGUUAAGUGUCCAUUACUGUGUACAAGGUUCGAAUGCUAGCAAACGACAACAACUCUCCUGAAAAAAGUUAAAGACUUACCGAAAAGGAAGAAGGUUGACGUGAGUCACAUCUCCUCAGCCCACUUCCUUUAUUUUAAAUACUCGUUUCGUCUAUUUUGGUACUAAACUAUACAAAACCACACUUAUAUGGCUUAAAAUCAAUACAUUCGAAAACGUAGCCAGAGUGCAUCAGACCGCUCUCAGGUCGCAGUUUUGUGACGUCACCAAAUACCCCGGAUGUGUACGUGACGUCUGUUAAAGGCCACGGAAACGACUGACUUUUAAGAAUAUUGUAAAUAUAUAUAUAUUUAAAAAUCGGUGUAUGACGCCCCACUCCAUUUUGAUCCCAUUUCUCUCACUCAACGAUUUAAUUUUCCCGAAAGUCACUGCAAACGUCCUUAUGAAUAAAAGACUACUUUUAGCGAAAAAAUAGGACUGACUUGUGGAUUUCACCGAGCUAAAAAAACAUUGAAAAUAGCAGAAAUAUAUAAUGGCUAAUCGUGGUUCAAUUCAAUCACAGUAAAUUCAGGCAAAGUUAUUGUCUCUGAUUUAUUUUUAAUCAAUAUACUGUACAUACAGUAAAUGUAAUGUCCGCAGUUGUCCACCAGGUGGUGCAGUUUCACCAGUGUAUGCUUGGCUUGCUGAUCCAGUGAUUUAGUUGCGCUCGCAUGACGAUGGCUCAAAGUUGACUUUUUCCUUAUAUGGUCAUGGUCGUGACGUGUGGUCCACUUGGUGUUCAGAACCCAGUCAUGGUUAAAGUAUGAAGACCGAGGAGCAGAGUGAAGGAUCACGGAAAGGAGCUAAAAGCUAACAACGCCUUUCAAGUUGCCAAAGGGCGGGAGGGCGUGGCUUGAGGUGAGCAAGCCGAGCUCCUAUUGGCUGAGAGGCUUUUCCCGGGCCAGCGUGAGGAGGGACAGGACAAGGAUGCGAUUGUCUUCCAGGAGUGGACAUGAGCACAUCUGUGGACACCUAAGGGGAGGAGGAGGACAUUUUAUCGCUGUUUGUUUGGCCGGAAAUGAGCAAGGGGGGAUUUAUCGUCGAGCACUGAGGAGGAGCAGCGACGCGAGAGCUCACCUGGUCGGACGCGGAACUCUCUGUGAAGCAUGGCCGAACAUGAGAGUCUGGCAUUCGGGAAAGCAGACUUUGUGCUGCUGGACAAUGUCUCCAUGGACGAGUUCAUGGCCAACCUCAAGCUCAGGUUUGAGAAGGGGAGGAUCUACAGCUACAUCGGCGAGGUGGUGGUGUCGGUCAACCCCUACCGCGCCAUCAACAUCUACGGCCGUGAUGUCAUCGAGCAGUACAAAGGCCGCGAGCUGUACGAGAGGCCGCCGCACCUCUUCGCCGUGGCUGACGCCGCCUACAAAGCCAUGAAGAGGCGGAACAAAGACACCUGUAUCGUCAUCUCAGGGGAAAGCGGCGCGGGGAAGACGGAAGCCAGCAAGUACAUCAUGCAGUACAUCGCCGCCAUCACCAACCCCAAUCAGCGGGCCGAGGUUGAGCGGGUGAAGAACAUGCUGCUCAAGUCCAACUGCGUGCUGGAGGCCUUCGGGAACGCCAAGACCAACCGCAACGACAACUCCAGCCGCUUCGGCAAGUACAUGGACAUCAACUUUGACUUCAAGGGGGACCCCAUCGGAGGCCACAUCAACAACUACCUGCUGGAGAAGUCCAGAGUCAUCUUCCAGCAGGAAGGAGAGCGGAGCUUUCACUCUUUCUAUCAGCUGCUGAAGGGAGCUCCUGAUGCUUUGCUGCGGUCCCUGCACAUCCAGAAGGACCCACGGAGCUACAACUACAUCAAAGUGGGAGGCCAGACCAAGUCCAGCAUCAACGACGGCGCCGAUUUCAGAGACGUUGCCGAUGCCAUGAAAGUGAUCGGCUUCACGGGGGACGAGGUCCAGACGGUGUACAAGAUCCUGGCCACCAUCCUGCACCUGGGGAACUUGACGUUCGACGUGGACGGCGACGUCACCCUGAUCGAGAACGCCAAGCUGGUGUCGGUCAUCGGCGACCUGCUGUCCACCAAGAAGGACAACGUGGAGAAAGCCCUCCUCUUCCGCACGGUGGCCACCGGCCGCGACGUCAUCGAGAAGCAGCACACGGCACAGGAGGCCGGCUACGGACGAGACGCCCUCGCUAAGGCCAUGUACGAGCGCCUCUUCUGCUGGAUCGUGGGCCGCAUCAACGACGUCAUCGAGGUGAAAAACUACGACGCCAGGGUCCACGGGAAGAACACGGUCAUCGGGGUUCUGGACAUCUAUGGGUUUGAGAUCUUCCAGAACAACAGCUUUGAGCAGUUCUGCAUCAACUAUUGCAACGAGAAGCUCCAGCAGCUCUUCAUCCAGCUGGUGCUGAGGCAGGAGCAGGAGGAGUACCAGCGGGAAGGCAUCCCAUGGAAGCACAUCGACUACUUCAACAAUCAGAUCAUCGUGGAUCUGGUGGAGCAGCAGCACAAAGGCAUCUUCUCCGUGCUGGAUGAAGCCUGCAUGAACGUGGGAAAAGUCACGGACAACCUCUUCCUGCAGGGGCUCAACGGCCAGCUGGCCAAGCACGCCCACUACACCAGCCGCAAGCUCUCCCCCACCGACAAGAGUCUGGAGUUUGACAGAGACUUUCGUAUUCGACACUACGCUGGAGAUGUGGUGUACUCGGUGGUGGGCUUCAUCGACAAGAACAAAGACACUCUGUUCCAGGACUUUAAGAGGCUGCUGUACAACAGCUCCAACGCCGUGCUGAAGGCCAUGUGGCCUGAGGGCAAGCUCAGCAUCACGGAGGUCACCAAGCGCCCGCUCACCGCCGCCACGCUCUUCAAAAACUCCAUGAUCUCGUUAGUGGAGAACCUGGCCUGCAAGGAGCCCUACUACGUUCGCUGCAUCAAGCCCAACGACGUCAAGUCGCCGCUGCUCUUUGAGCGUGAGCGAUGUCGCCACCAGGUGGAGUAUCUGGGCCUGCUGGAGAACGUGCGAGUACGCCGCGCCGGUUUCGCCUACAGGCAGACGUACCCUCGCUUCCUGCAGAGGUACAAGAUGAUCUCAGAGUUCACCUGGCCAAACCAUGACCUUCCCUCAGACAAGGACGCCGUCAAGAAGCUCCUGCAGGGCAGCGGCUUCGACCACGACGUGGCCUACGGCAAGACCAAAGUCUUCGUCCGCACGCCACGCACGCUCUUCAGCCUGGAGGAGCAGCGCGCUGAAAUGGUGCAGAGGAUCGUCCUCUUCCUCCAGAAGGUGUGGAGGGGCACCAUCGCCAGGAUGCGCUACCGCCGCAUGCGGGCGGCCCUGAUCAUCCUGCGGGCCUACAGGCACUACAAGGUCAAGUCGUACAUCCGCGAGGUCAACCGCCGCUUCCGCAACGUGCGCUCCAUGAAAGACCACGGCAAGCAUGUCAAGUGGCCCGCGCCCCCCAAGGUCCUGCGUCGGUUCGAGGAGUCGCUCAGGAGCAUCUACAGCAGGUGGUGGGCGUGGACGCUGAUCAAAGGCCUGAGCGCUGAGGAGGCCCUGCAGGUGAGGGCCAAGGUGGCCUGUCUGGAGGCCCUCAAGGGCCACAGGGCUGACCUGGGCCUGCAGCGAGCCUGGGAAGGAAACUAUCUGAAGCGAGACAGUCCCGACGGCGCCGCAUCUUUCACGCUGGUGUCCAGCGAGCUGCAGCGCAAAGACAAGUUCAUGAGAGUCCUCUUCGCGUGCAACGUGCGCAAGAUUAACCACUUCCACAAGGCGGAGGACAGAGCCGUGCUCAUCACAGACCGCCACCUGUACAAGAUGGACCCCCUGAAGCAGUACAAACUCAUGAAGAGCAUCCCCCUCUACAACGUGACGGGCGUGAGCGUGUCCCCGGGGAAGGACCAGCUGGUGGUGUUCCACACCAAGGACAGCAAAGACCUGGUGGUGUGCCUGCAGGGCCUGGUACCCUCCAACGAGAGCCGCAUCGGGGAGCUGGUCGGCGCCCUGCUCAGCCACUUCAAGAGCGAGCGGCGGCGGCUGCAGGUCAACAUCGUCAGCCCCAUCCAGUGCAGCAUGAACGGCAGGAAGUGCACGGUGGUGGUGGAGCCCAACAUCAACCAAUCGCAGCCCGACUUCACCAAGAACCGCUCGGGCUACGUGCUGGCCGUGCCCCACAACUGAGGCUGUGGAAGGGGGGGGGGGGCCCUCUCCUCCCGCACCCCCCCAGCAGGCCGGGAAGGUGAUAGACUCUGUCUUGGUUUAAUAUGUCGGCAAACGGCUGCAGCCGUCUGCCUGUUGUGGGCGGGGUUACGUAAUCGUCCAAUCACACGCCAAGUUACACCCCGCCUCUUAUUAGCACUACUGGAAGUCUUUCAUGUUUUUCUUUGUUCAUCCCAAAUCAAACGCCUUGCUUUGUGCAAUAUUCAUGUCCCAAAAGUCCCUCCCUUGUCCAUGUUUUAGGACGAGGGAUUUCCUUAAGGUGGAACAUUACUUCAUCCAAGAUGAGAAGAGUUCUUCUAAAAUCAAAGAUUAUUUGGGAGAAUAAUCCUAAAAUGGAGGAUUGAUGUCAAGGUGGGAAGAUUCAUUCUAAAACUUUCUGAGAUGGCAGAUUAACCCAAAAUGCAAGAUCAAUCUUAAACUGCUGGAUUAGUUCCAAGCUUGUAAGAUUAAUUCUAAAAUGGAAGAUUAAUUUUUAAAUUGGAUUAAUUCUAAGGUGGAAGAUUGAUUCUAAGGUGGAAGAUUCAUUCUAAAAUAAGAUGUCUAAAAUUGAAGAUUAAUUUUUUUAAUUGGAUUAAUUCUAAGGUGGAAGAUUGAUUCUAAGGUGGAAGAUUCCUUCUAAAAUAAGAUGUCUAAAAUUGAAGAUUAUUCACAAAAUGGAAGAUUAUUUCUAAAAUUUGAUUCAUUCUAAAAUGGAAGAUUAAUCCCACAAUGGAAGAUUAUUUCUAAAAUGUUAUUAAUUCUAAAAUGGAAGAUGGAUUCUGAAGUGAAAGAUUUGUUCUAAAAUAAGAUUAAUUCUAAAAUGGAAGAUUAAUGCCAAAAUGGAAGAUUAUUUCUAAAAUUUGAUUAAUUCUAAAAUGGAAGAUUAAU